AUGGCUAUCGGAAAAAUCCCAAGCAUGAGAGUAUUGCUCAUCCUAUAUAUGGUUGCUAUUGCUCACUGUUUACCCUAUUACCACCAAGGCCAUCCCACGGCCAUCGAAGCUAUCACACAGGUCAAUGAUAGAAUCUAUCAGCUAGAGGGCACAAUCUUCCGCUCAGAGUGGGCCACUGAAGCGAGCAGACAGUACCUAAAAUCCUUGAACUUUCUGGAACGUCUACAAUCGAAAACACAAGAAGAGGCCAAGAUCGGCAAACAGAGAGCCUGCGAAACACUUCGAUGCGGCACAGAAGCUAUGGCAAAGAUACUGGUUCCAAAGCAUAACGCCUGCGCCUGCGUACCGCUCAAAGACAUGGCUAACCUGCUGGUUGGCAUGGAUUUGUUGGGGACAGACGAGGAUGGUAUUGAGCUCCAGGCUGUUCGAAGGGAGACAAGAGCUGAAGGCGCCGAUCUCCCAAUCAAAGACACCAACCUCACCUACGUGCCACCGCCAAAAACUGAUAUUACACCAGAGCUUCUUGCUCAGUCUCUUGCUGUCCAGCCACAAGAUACGGCGACGGUAGGCUCUGUGCUACCUCAUUUCCAGCACGGCGUCAUCUCUUAUGGCUGCCAGAUGGACGGCUUUGUUGCCUCAACUAUCGUGCUCAAUGCUUCAACAGAGCUGCCCUGCGAUGGGAUCGGCCACUCUAACGUUCAACCAAACCUCGAGCUUCGUCCAAAACAUGUCGACAACAGUAAUGCCACUCCAUAUCUUCCUGACUGCUCUAUUGUUGCUGUCAACAUGUACGAUCCUAAUGUCAUCACGUACUGGGUCCAGAACAGAGCUGGCUCGAUUUUCUCCGUGUCAGGAAGUAACAAAGUGAUAAACAUCAACCAGCUGAAUACCACAGCCAGCACUGCUCUUGUCCUCCGAGCCAAGCAUACUGUUCCGCAAAGACGAGAAGCAGCAAUGGAUGGUUGCACUAUGGCAGGCCAACGUAUUGCAGCAAGAGCUAUGGAACACGCAGAGCUUGUGAACGAGAAUGAAAAGAGGAAAGUGUCACCGCCAGGUUGGCAUACUGCAACCAUGAGUACUGAAGCUUGUGCUGCCAUGGUCUGCAACAACAAUGGUGGCGAACCUGCCAUGUACAAUCCAUUCACGAGGACUUGCGGAUGUCGGGAUCCUAUCUAUGUCGAGGUCGACUAUUCAGGUUGA